AUAAUUUAAUGGAUAGCAUAGAGAAGGAGGUGGAUAAUGAGAGAGGAUAUUGGUCAAAGCAUUCAUCAGCAAAUGGUUAGACAUAUUACUACAAUGUAAAGACUGGAUAAUCUCAAUGGGAGAAACCAGAAUGCCUUUAAGAUGAGGAAUCAGAAAUAGAAGAGGAAUGGUAACAAUACUUAACAGAGGAUGGAAAACCUUAUUGGUACAAUCGAACAACAAGGGAGAGUAAAUGGCAAAAACCAGAGGAGGAAUAAUAUACGUAUGGAAUUAUAAUAUUAGUACAGAUCAGGAGAGGAAGAGGAUAUAAUACCACCUAAUCCAAUAGAUUAAUUCACAUAAUUAUUGAAGGAUAAUAAGAUUACAUCAAGUGUAAAAUGGGAUUCAGUUGUUAAGCAAUUAUAAAGUGAUUCAAGAUGGAAAUGUAUAGUCAGUAUAAGUCAUAAGAAGAAGAUCUAUAAUCAAUAUUUGGAGGAAUUAAAGAAAUAAGAGAAGGAAGAGAAUAAAACUAAAUUAAGUAUGGCAAAGGAAGACUUUAUGAAAAUGUUAGAAGAACAUAAGAUCCUAUCAUCGGAUAUCAAGUUAUGGAAAGUAUAAAGUUAUCUUGUUACAGAUGCAAGAUGGAAAGCCAUUCCUGAUGAAAAGGAAAGAGAAAAUUUAUUCCAAGAUUAUUUAGAUAAGUUAUAUAAGUAAGAGCAAGAACAAAUGAAAGAGAGUAGAAAGACUACUACUGAAGAUUUUAGAAAAAGGUUACAAAGACAUAUAGAAAUAGGAGUGUUAAGUCAUAGUUCCACUUGGGAAGAGUGCUUAAAGUUAUUCAGUUAAGAUAGACUCUUAUAAUAGAUGUUACCAAUUGAUGCUUUAGGAGUAUUUGAAGAGGUAUCUAUUCAUAUUUAAUAACUAGGUUAUUAAUCCACUAUAUGAAUAAUGGAGAUAGUCAAUCAUCUCUAAAUAUAGACAAAAUAGAAUCAAUUUUAGAGAAUUGCUAUAAGAACACCUUGCUGAAGGUUUAUUGACACAUAAGACUAAAUGGGGUUAAUUUGUAUAGACAAUAUAAUAAGAUGAUAGAUUUAUUUGCAUGCUCGGAUAACCAGGUUCAUAACCACAUGAAUUGUUUUAAGAUUUCAUUUCACAUUUAAAGUAGAACCAUUAACUAUAUAAAUCAGAAUUAAAAAUGCAUCUCUAACAAAAAGGAGUCAGGGUUUUGACCAAUGUCACUUUUGAAGAAGUUGAUUCAUUAUUUCUUGAUAAUCAGAUUUGGACCAAAAUGCCAUCUCAUGAAAAAAAAUAUUACUAUCGCUAUUUUCAAGAAAAUAUCAAAUAAUCAACUAGCAUUUAAUCUAAACGUUAUAAGAAAAUGUGUAAAAGAUACAUUAAAUUAUUAAAAUCUUUACCUGAUUAUAAAUCUUAUGAAGAGAUGUUACCUAUUAUCAAUUCCAAAAUUUAAGAGAAUCCCAAAUUGGCUGGAUUAGUAGAAGAACAAAAGAAAGCUCAAUAUGAAUCAUUUGUAGCCAAUCUCUAACAAUAAUAAUCAUAAUAAUAACAAACAUAAUCAUAGUAAAUAUCUAUUUUACCUAUUUUGAAUUAAUAAUAAUAGUAAUAGUAACAAUAAUAAUAAUAAUAAUAAUAAUUGUUAUAAUAAUAAUAGUAAUAGUAAUAAUAAUAAUAAUAGUAAUAGUAAUAAUAAUAGUAAUAGUAAUAGUAAUAGUAAUAGUAAUAAUAAUAAUAAUAAUAACAACAAUAAUAAUAAUAAUAAUAAUAACAAUAAUAAUAAUAAUAAUAAUAACAAUAAUAAUAAUAAUCCACUCAAAUUCAAGAAGAACCAAUAUAGACUUAGAUUUCAGAGAAAGAUUAAAGUGAGAGGAAGAAGAAGAAAAAGAAGGAGAAAAAAGAGAAGAAGGAUAAGAAAUAAAAGGAGGAGGGUUCUAUGAGAUAAGAUUUGAAUCAAGUUGAACCAGAGAAAACAAAAAAAAAUAAAUAGGAACAUGAACCUGAACCUGAAUCUGGAGAAAUCUAGCCUAAUUAUGAUUUUAAUGAUUAGGAGAAGUCUAAGAGUAAAGGAAAGAAACAUCGUAAAAGUCAUCAUAAGAGUAAAAAACAUUACAAAUAAUGA